AUGACCGCCGAGCCCCUGGAAGAGGCUGAAGCCACCAGCAGGCCAGUAUACGAUCUUCCCGACGCCUCCGUGGGCAACGAAGCUGAUGACAACUCUUCAGAAUCGCCUGGAGAGUCCCAAAGUCAGGACUUCCUGCCUGAUGAUGUCCCACCGGUAGGUAUCACUGCGGCAUUCUCCGAACAUGAGGAUGUAGACCAGGCCUCUGAGACGACAGCCGUUGCCGCAGAGAACGAUGAAGAUCAACUCACGAUUGCGGCUGACACCUUCAUGGGGCAGGAUGAAGACCGGGCCCCCGUGCAGAGUGCCACCUCCAUGGAGCAAUAUGUAGACCAAGUGUCCGUGCAGAUGGCCACUCUCACUAGGCAGGAUGAAGACCAGGCCUCCAUGCAGACUGCCACCUCUAAGGGACAGGAUGAAGACCAGGCCUCCAUGCAGACUGCCACCUCUAAGGGACAGGAUGAAGACCAGGCCUCCAUGCAGACUGCCACCUCUAAGGGACAGGAUGAAGACCAGGUGUCAAUGCCAAUCACCCCUCCCAUGGGACAGGAUGGAAAUCAGGCCUCCAUGCAGUUAGCCACUUCCAUCGGGAAAGAUGUAGAGAUAGUCAUCUCCAUGAAUAUGCCAACUUCUGGGGACAAAGAUGAGAACCCAGACGCUCCAAGCCAAAACCAGGAGAAUCUUGAAGGGAACUCAUCUCUGCUGCCCCAAGACCCAGGUAUCCUGCAAGUGUUUGUGGGCUUCCAGAACCCAGUGUGGGACAGACUGGCUGAAAAUAACCGCACAAGUCGGAGCCGCACAGUUUUCCCAAGUGACUCCCAGAACCAGGAAAAGACACCAGGAAAACUGCAUGUUCCUGAAGAGGAGCCAGAAAUAGCUCCAAAAGCUGAGGUCCCAUCUGCUCUGCCUGAAGAUGUCCAGCCUUCUGUGGGAGCUACUGACCCAUCCACUUUGAAUACCAGUAAUCCUGACCAAGAACCCAAGGGCAUCACCAAAUCUGCUGAGCAGGAAGCUGAAGGUUUCGGGGCCUUGAACCCCGAAAGCAAAGAUAGACCUCCAGGGCCUACCAGGGAAGAUUUAGCUGAUGAAUCAAGGAUCCCGCAGACACCCCCACCUUUCUCCAGCUCCCCAGGAGGCAGUCCACCUCCCUCUCCAGGUCCCUGCCACGCGUCCCUGGGCAGGAACCUUCUAGACCCCAGCCUGUACAGGCCUGAUGUGGAGAAUGACUACAUGCGCUCCAUGACCAGCCUGCUGGGCGGUGGUGAGGGCUCCAUCAGCUCCCUUGCAGACAUCCUGGUGUGGUCAGACACAGCCACCGGCAUGGGCGUGGCCGUCGGCAUCCUGACUUCAGGCUACAGCUCUCCAGCUGACAGGCUCCACGAAGAGGGUCCCAGCCUGCGCACUGUCUCCAGUCUCUUGGGUAGUGCCAGGUCAGCUCUCUCCUCUGGUUUGGUGGCUGGAACCGGCUCGGCCCUGCGCUCAGUCACGCACCUGCUGGAGUCUGUGGAGAGACGAACUGUAGAAGGCAUCCGGUCAGCUGUUCGCUACCUGGCCAACCACUUCACCUCAAGAUGGGCUCGCGCUGGCCCCAAUAGUGACUAG